GUAUUGAUUACUGUUGUCAUUGGCAACCUUAAGUAAUGAGCUGCAUGACCUUCUCUGUGAACGGCGGCGAUAGUGAUGACCUGAAUGUGUAUCUUAGCUCAAGAAUGCGAAAGUUCGCUUGAAGUUUUUACAGGAAAUCAUCUGCAAGACAUGGAUCGAUAAUUUAGUCUUAGAAGAAACAUUGGAUCAAACAUAUUUAUUGAAUUCAAUUAUAAAAACAUUACAAACUCAGUUUGAACAAUUAAUCCGUUUUGUGAAGAAAAAAAGAACUGCCAGGAUAUAAUCGACAUUCGAUCCUCCCAGCUACAGCUGAAUAAUGUAGGCAGUUCACUUUCAUUUUGUCCCCUACAUUCUGAACUUUUUUCUGACUGCAAAUAUGUGGGGAAUAGAAGGCCAAGACAUCUAUAGGCUGGACUUUGGAAUAUUCUAGAGAAGUGUUACAGUUCUGGUUCGUUUUCUUAAAAGAACAUGACGAUGGAGAAAUACGAAAACUUGGGUUUAGUAGGAGAAGGGAGCUAUGGAAUGGUGCUAAAAUGCAAACAUAAGGAAACCAAUCAAACUGUUGCUAUCAAAAAAUUUCUCGAGAGUGAGGAUGAUAAAAUGGUGAAAAAAAUUGCCAUGCGGGAGGUUAGAAUGUUAAAGCAAUUAAGACACGAAAACCUAGUGAAUCUCAUCGAAGUUUUCCGGCGUAAAAAGCGUUUGUAUUUAGUUUUCGAAUUUGUAGAUCAUACGGUACUAGACGAACUUGAACGAUAUCCAAGCGGCCUUGAUGAAAUCAUGGUGAAGAAGUGUUUAUGGCAAAUCUUAAAAGGCAUAGAUUUCUGUCACAAUCACAAUAUUAUUCAUCGGGACAUCAAGCCAGAGAAUAUACUAGUCUCCAAAUCGGGUGUCGUCAAACUCUGUGAUUUUGGGUUUGCUCGAACCUUAGCGGCCCCUGGGGAAGUGUACACAGAUUACGUAGCUACCCGAUGGUACAGGUCGCCAGAACUUCUUGUUGGAGACACAAAAUAUGGAAAAGCUGUAGAUAUUUGGGCCGUUGGAUGUUUACAAGCUGAGAUGUUGACUGGCGAGCCCCUGUUUCCUGGCGACAGUGAUAUUGAUCAGUUAUUUCACAUCAUAAAGUGUUUUGGUAAUCUAACCCAGAGACAUAAAGAAGUUUUUAUUAAGAAUCCGCUGUUUGUAGGGAUGCGGCUACCAGAGGUCAAGACGGUGGAACCAUUAGAAAAAAGAUUCCCCAAGUUGUCUUCUUUGUCUAUUAGUAUAAUGAAGAGCUGUUUACAGCUGGAGCCAGACAAUAGGCCUACUUGUAGUCAACUACUGAAGCAUGAAUACUUCAAGAAAGAUGGCUUCUCUGACCGUUACCCGGCAGAGUUACGUGCCAAGAUUCAGAAAGAGAUACAGGAUAAUCCAUUACUACGGGAAGGCCGAAGUGACGGCAACAGUGCCGAUGAAAAAAAGAAAUCAAAGCGAAGUAAAAAGCACGAUGCCAGUCUAGAUAAGGAACGAGAACGACAUAGGAAAAAGCAUGCAGAGUCAGAAAAAUUAAGGAGGGCUUCAGUCGAUACUGUGGCUGUGGAAGAAAGACAAACCAAGUCUUCACCAGAGAAAAUUAAGGAUAUUUAUGGAAGCGAGUCACUGCAUGAUACACAGCACAAGUCCAGCACAACUCUCCACCAGCAUUCCACCCCCUCUGCCAACAAAGGGGGAUCCCCGAUCCCACCGAUCAGCCACAAUGGACCCACCAAUCAUGUAUCACAAGGGCCUAGCCUAGCAACGGUCAACACAUUGAGUAUGGGCUCCGUGUCUCGGGGCAUAAACUAUUCAAAUAGUGGUCCCCCUCCUUUAAGAGUGAAUGAAAAGUUGAAGAAACCCAACAACAACCCUCUGUAUAAAAAGUCACAAGCAGUCCCGUCGCACCACAGCACCAGCUUGACAACGCAAGUACAGAGUGAAAAGAGCGCCCUCCAUGAGAAAACUAUGCAGCUAGACAAAAUGACGUUCAGUCAACGAAAGAAAGGUAACUCAUCGCCACGACAAGAGAUAACCUACACACACCUACCAAACUUAAAAGGCGCUGAAACACCACAUAAACCAGAGAGGAAAGCCAAGCCAAGUAAGAGCCUACAUGGUACCACGAUGCCUUCCAUAUCAACCAUGGACCAGCGCCAUGACAGCAAGUCACCGAACUCCCCAGACGACCGAUAUAAAUCCAACCUGCCAGCUGUUUAGAUUUAAAAUCCCCACUGCAAAAAUCCUCAUCUAAAAAAUGUGCUAGAUUAUAAUAAAUGUACAUAAACUACUAAAUAUAUCAUUCUCUAUUUUUAUUUUCUCUUUUGGCUUUUGUAAAUAUUUAUUAUUACAUUUUUAUUUAUGAUACAUAUAAUAUUUAGUUGACGCGUCUGUGAAACAGAUAGGAAUGGAAAUGAUUCCUGGGGGUUUUUUUUCCUUUUAAUAUACACUUGCGGCUGAAAUUUUUUGCAAUACUUUUUUAAAAAUUUCAAUAGUUAGAAUUAAGAAUUAUAUUCUUUAUAAUUGGAAAACAAAUUCUAAUUUCUUCUUGAUACCAAAUUUGAUAAAUUCUGGCAACACAAGUCUAAUAUAAUUUUUUUUAAAAUAAUACAUACUCCUUGGAGUAUGUUAUUCUGUCAUCUGAAAAUAAUCAGUGGACCCUCUGGUUUUUGAAGUCUAUCUUCCCUAUUUUCUGUAAGAGGGCGACAUUGAAAUAGUCUAUAGGCCUCCCGCUCCAACAUUGGCAUCUGUUUUAUACUGUAUUUAAUAUACAGUACCUGUGUAAUAAUGAGUUAUAACUGAAUUAUAGGUGUAGAAUUCUACAAUUAAUAUGCCAUGUCAUUUUCCUCAAGCCUGUAUAUUUCAGGUGAAACAAAGAAUGCAAAAUGUUUUUACAACAUUGGUAAUAUCGUAUUAUGAAGUAGAUUAUUUUCUUGAAUGUAUUUUUGUUAUUUAACCUUGUUUAAGAUGAUUAGUAAAGAAAUUUUUAAUUUAUGAAAGGAAAUCCAUGUGGCAUGAAUAAUGAAGUAAUGGAAGAAUGAAACCAGCAUUUAAAUAAAUUAUGCGCAAUACUAUUUUGUUAGGUUAACAAGGAGACAAUACUUAUUUUGAUUAGUGAUUCUUGUAUGUUAAAUAUCCAGGUACUUCAGUAGUGGCUCAAAAAACAUUAUUCAUGAUAGCUUUAUCCCUUACAUUUGCACAAACAAUACAAAUAAUUAAUUGCCAUAUAAAAGGAAAAAAAACACAAAUUUUAUUUUAUAAUUUGUCAGGGUCUUAGCAAGAAUAUGUCCUUUGGAUAGGAAAAUGUUAAAUUUUAAAAUACUGAAAUUUAAAUUUUUAAAAUUUGUACUAACUUCUUGUCAUCAUAUGUCUUUAUUAGCAUUAUCAUAUACAGUAUUUAAUCUGAUUACCAAUUCAACUAACAGAGAUUACAGGUUCACUUUAUUUUUAAAUACUUUUGUUAACCAUUGUUACUUUUAUCUUGCUUUAUAAGUUGUACGUAAUUCCAUAUAAUGAUUUUUGUUUAAACUUUUAUAUUAUUUGUAAGGAAUUUGAUUGAUGUGUGCAAUUUUUAUAAUAAUCACCAAAAGUAGAAAUUUUAGAUUUGAGUGUCUUGUUAGUAUCUGCAUUGUCAGUGCCAAUUUAUCAUUUGAAAUACAUAAUAUUAAUAUGCUUUUUGUUGACAUGGUUAAAUCAAUAAUCUUGAAUAUAACUACAUGGAGGUUAAAUGAAGAAACCAAGACAAGUUACUAUGAAACAGUGGCGUAUCAAGAGGAGUACACAGGGAAAAAUCCCCCUCCCUCAGUUUUUCCCCCGUAGAAAAUGUUUGAAACCAAAAAUCAUGCUCAAGUAGUAGUUAAAAAUCACUUCAUAUCACCUUAUUGUGGGAGCUAGUUCCUCCUCACUUAAUCAUUGAUUCCCCCCAUUCACAUUUGUUUCCCCCACCCCAUUUCAAAACUCUUAGAUAUGCUACUAAUAUGAAACUUUGAGGAAAGUGAUGUAAGAAAUUAUGAUUUAAUGUCUUUUUUUUUUCAUACCAGAGAUGAUUAAAUACCUUGAAAUAUUUAAUCAUUAAGGCUUGCAAUACUAAACAACUUUUUAUUUUUCAUAUUGUCUUGAAAAUUUAACUAAUGAUUAAUAAAAUAAUGAGAUUAUCAAAAUUGGAGUUGCUGGUGCAGUGGUUGAGAUUCACCUGCUCUCCUGUGAGGUCGGAGGUCAUUUAGACCUUUGCUCUGAAUUUCACUUGUGUCAUUGUGCUAGGCAUUAUGCCUACAGUUGUCGCCACCCAAGAGUAUAAAGUGCACUGAUUACUGCUGCAAUAUUUUUAUAUGGUUCCAUGGGCGGUCGUUCCAAUGUCUGCGGUAAUAAUUUGAUAACUGCGUAAAUGUGUGAUAACUGGGUAAACAUGCGUUAACUAUUAUUAUUUUAGAAUGCGAAUCUUUAAACUAAAUUUCACAGAUGUGUGAAGCUAUCUACUAAACUUACCCCAUCCAAUAGGCUUCCGUAUUUCAUGGGCACAUCUAUAAAGACUCCUUCCUCACAGAUUCCAUAGUAAACCUUCCACAACAUAGCCACAUUGUAAAAUGCCAAAACCUUGUUCGUGUGUUUUCCUUAUUAAUUUUGAUUUACCAAAUCUUCAAUGGUGUUCCAAAGUACUUGCCUACUGUUAGGUUUACUUCACAAUUAAUCCUUCAGUGUUUAUAGAUACUGUGUUACUAAGAAAAAUCUUGAGAAAUAAAUCCACUUGGACUGACAGGUUUCAUGAACAGUAAUUCCUAGAUUUUUUAUUUUUAUUACUUAAAAAAAAAAAAGGAUGGUUUUGGUCAAGUUGUUGCUUAUUGGCCAGUAAUAAACCCAUUCAUGAUUUCAGAAUUACAACACCUUUGUUUUUGCCUUUAUUAAAUUAUCAAAAAUUUGGAAGUAAUUUGUUUAUAUAAAUUAUUAUGAAGUUAUUCUCACAAUUAUGUUACUGUACUGUACUGAAUCAUUUUAUGGAGCAAGUAUAAGAGUAUUUUUUUUUUUGUUAGAUCGACCAGAAGUAUUGUCUUCAAAUGUCUGGUACAGUGGGAUUUAUUAUUGCAAAACAAUAGCACAAGUUUGAGGGAGGGAUGUGGGAGGGGAAAGAAAUUGCAAUUUCACAAUUGAUUUUGCAAGCAAAAUUGAAACUUUGGCAGUCUAACUAGGUUAAUAGGGGAACAUACUACUAUCUUGCCCCUAUGGAUUUGCUAAUGCUGUAUAUGUGAAUUUAUAUUUGUAUUACUGUACUGUUAUUAUAUCCACCUGGUCUAACAUGCAAAUUUUUCAGUAACUGUGAUGGUCAUGUGACUGGUUGUAUACAAUUUGAUUUGUUAUUCAUUCUCAUUUGAAUAAAUUGAAAGAUUCAAUGCA